CAACAUCGUUAGCAAAAUAAGAUGGCCUCGCGUCGUGAUCUAGAGAACGGAUCAAUGCCAGAUGAACGCGCGCCUUUGUUAGUACCUCAGCGGACUGAAGAGCAAGGGACCGCGCCACCAGAAGAUGACGACGUAGCACCAAAACCUCAAUCAGAGGCCUCGAAGAGAUGGGAAUAUGCUUGGAGAGGCUUCUGGAUUGUGGUUGCGAUUUUGAUCAUUGCGGUGUUUGUGAAGGGUUGGAUAGAGGCUGAUGAUGUCGACUUUGAUCUAAAAGGAGCUUUGAAGCGAGCUCUAGGCGGAGGUCUGAGUGGUGCGGCAGCCAUGCUCUUGCAAGUCUUACUGUUGAUGCCGAUUCGCACCAUCAUGAACUACCAGUACCGUCAUGGAACAUCAUUGACCGUUGCAACAAAGACGCUUUACCAGGACGGUGGAUACGGCAGGUACUAUGCAGGUAUGGGAGCAGCGUUAUUCCAAGGUCCCAUUGCACGAUUUGGUGACACAGCGGCCAACGCUGGUAUCCUGGCUCUCCUCCAGUCCAAUGGAUACUUGGCGGGACUACCCUCGCCCAUCAAGACCAUUUUUGCGUCUCUCUGUGCCGCUGCCUUCAGGAUGAUUCUCACACCUAUUGAUACCCUGAAGACCACCUUGCAAGCCGAAGGAUCCCGUGGAACAGCAUUACUCCGUCAGCGCAUCAAGACCGAUGGGAUCGGCAGCCUCUGGUGGGGAGCUUUUGCAACAGCCGCUGCGACUUUCGUUGGCCACUACCCGUGGUUUGCAACAUACAACUUGCUUUCAGAGGUCAUUACUGAGCCACCGAGGAGCAACAUCGUCCCUUGGCUCCUGAGGGCGGCCUUAAUCGGCUUCUGUGCUUCGGUCGUCUCAGACACAAUAUCGAACUCGCUGCGUGUAGUGAAGACAUAUCGACAAGUACACGACACCCAAGUCUCGUACACCGAAGCUGCAAGGCGAAUUAUUCGUCAAGAUGGACGACGAGGGCUAUUUGGGCGAGGCCUGAAAACGAGGAUCAUUGCAAACGGUUUGCAAGGUAUUCUUUUCUCUAUCUUGUGGAAGCUGUUCCUGAAGAUUUGGGAAGACAAGACAGGCGACAACAAACGCGCGCAUUAAGUAAGUUCAGCCUGCGCAUCAACAUUUUAGCGACAGACAGACAAAGGUACAGACGGUGUCCGGUUCACCUUGCAGGUUGUUUUAAGUCAAGUCAAAUCUG